AACUGGAACACAACAUGAUUUGGCUGCAGGAGUUGUUUCUGUAGAUAUUAAACCUAUCACUGAAUCUAAUUCAAAGAUACACAGCAAGGAACCGUAGCAGAGUGAGAUUCCACACUCUUCUGGGGUAACUAAUUGAGCGUAUUACAGCUGAGAUUUGAUCUACAAGCUGAUUUGUCACUGCUGACUGAAAGAAACAUACAGGUGAUAUAUCAUGAUUGCUCUGGGUCUUGGUCUUCUUUGUUUACUCUUUGGCCCUCACCUGUCAGAGGCUCAGUUUCCUCGAGUGUGCUGCACAGUGGAGGGGAUUUUGUCUAAGCAGUGCUGCCCUGCUCUGGGCUCAGACCCUGCCAAUGUGUGUGGCUCACUGUCGGGAAGAGGAAGCUGCACUGCUGUUCGAGUCGACACCAAACCCUGGGGAGGACCGUACAGACUAAGGAAUGUUGAUGACAGAGAGAGGUGGCCGACCAAAUUCUUCAAUCAGACUUGCAGAUGUACUGGUAAUUUUGCAGGUUAUGAUUGCGGCCAGUGCAAGUUUGGCUGGACCGGACCAAACUGUGACCAGAGGAAAGCUCCCAUCGUGCGGAAGAAUAUCCACUCCUUGACCCCUGAAGAGCUCCAAGAGUUCCUGGACACUCUGGAACUGGCCAAGAGCAGCAUCCACCCAGACUACAUCAUCGCCACCCAGCACUGGCUCGGACUGCUCGGACCAAAUGGAACCGAGCCACAGAUUGCCAACAUCUCCGUUUAUGACUUCUUUGUCUGGCAGCAUUACUACUCUGUUAGAGACACUCUUCUUGGUCCAGGUCGUCCCUUCAAAGCCAUUGAUUUCUCACACAAAGGGCCAGCAUUCAUUACUUGGCACAGGUAUCACCUCCUGAGUUUGGAAAGAGAACUCCAGAGACUUACUGGCAAUGAGAAUUUUGCAAUCCCAUAUUGGAACUUUGCCACAGGGCAGAGUGAGUGUGAUGUGUGCACUGACACUCUGCUGGGAGGCAGAAACCCAGACAACCCCUUCCUCAUCAGUAACCAGUCCAGGUUCUCCAGAUGGGGGGUGGUGUGUAACAGUCUCGACGACUACAAUCGUCUCGUGACCCUUUGUAAUGGCACCAGUGAAGGUUUCAUACAGAGAGGGAUGAUCCGGCAAGGCAACAGGACUCUGCCUACAAUGACUGACGUCAGAAGCUGUCUUGGAAUUCGGGACUUUGACAGCCCUCCCUAUUUCACCAACUCCUCCUUUAGCUUUAGAAAUGCUCUUGAAGGGUACGACAAACCAGAUGGAGAACUGGACGAAACCGUUGACAACCUUCACAAUCUUGUCCACUCACUGCUCAAUGGAACCAGCUCGUUGGCUCACUCUGCAGCCAAUGACCCCAUCUUUCUGGUGCUCCAUGCUUUCACUGAUGCCAUUUUUGAUGAAUGGAUGAGAAGGUUUGUUCCAUCCAACGCCACUUUCCCAGAUGAGAUGGCCCCCAUUGGACACAACAGAGACUACAACAUGGUUCCCUUCUUCCCUUCCAUUACUAAUGAGGAAGUGUAUGUUCCAUCUGAGCAGCUGGGAUAUUCUUAUGCCAUUUCCCUGGAUGAUGCAGAUGGAGGACCGGCUGUUUUUGUGCUGGGCUCCACUCUGGGAGGAAUCUUCAUCGGUCUCCUGGUGCUUCUCCUUAUCUUUGUGCUCUACCUGCGUCAGCGGAGAAACAGAGGCUUUGAACCUCUGAUAAAAGCUGAUUUCACAAAUAGAAAGUACACAGAAGAAGCCUAGAUUUCACCUGUUGUUCUGAAAUGCGCUUGAGUGCUCAAACAUACCUCAUAGUAAUGGAGUACCCUGUCUGCAGUCACGACUGUGAAGAAGAGCAGAAUAAUAAUCUUGUCUUUGAAUAGCAUGUUGUUUUAGCUGUUACAUCUAAUUUCAUGUUAGCAAAUGAUUCACACGAUUGUUUUACCAAGUACCUCGCAUUCUUAAAUCAGUCUUUAAUUAAAUGCAUUUCUACUUUAACCAGUUUUAGCCUGAUUUACCAUCUCAAUCAUCAAUAUAUAUAAAACAUAUAUGAUUACAAAUUGUUUUUGGGUUUUUUUAAAAUAAGAAUUUAUUCUCAAGAACAGCAAUAAAACAAAAAUGCAAUCAUCUUAAUUGCACCAGAAAACAGUAAGGCAUAUUUGCUCAACUAGUUCUUCACACCUCAGUUUGAAAUUAUUUUAAAACCCCAUAGAAACUUUUCCUCAUUAGUUUUCAAAUCAUACAGCAAUGCAUUAAUUUUGAAAAACAAACAAAGAAAUAACAACAUAAAAAACCCAAACUGAGCAUUUUUUUGAGUCAUAAUUUCUCUGACCAUACAUCCAUUUUCAAUAUUUUAUUGCAAAAAUAUUAAAAGUUCAGUGAUACAAAACAAUAAAAAGGGCAUCUUAUGAGAUCAAAAUUUAUAAUAAUGGAUCAUUUUAAAUGAAACUUUGACAUAUUUCCUCUAUAUUUCUUGAAAUAAAUGUGGGUUAAAAAAAAGUGACUCGUAUGAAAUCAAGAAAAAGCUCAACAAAUAUUCAGUGAUAUGCUGCAAAGGACUUAAUACAGGCUAAUUCCUUGGAAAUGUAAGCUUAGCAGGCCUGUUGGUUAUGAA